GCGCAGACCUGCAGCUCCGCGAGAGGGGAGCAAACAGACGCUGCGAUGAUUUUGCUCUUCUGCACAAAAACUGCAGCCAGCUCCGACCUGUGCCUCAGCCCUGCUGAAGGAAGGCGUUCUCCGCAAGCAAAGGGAAAAUUCCUUCCUCUCCGCGCUGCUCUCCAGCAGCUCCUGUACGUCCCUGCGGAAGCGCUGGAUCCUUCCUGCACAACGAAGCGCUGCCGCACGUGCGGGGCCUGGAGCUGCCGACCCCAGCAUGCAGGGAGGGCCAGGUCUUCUUUUUUCCCUUUCCUGCGGGCCGACGGAGCAGCGUGCUGCCGUCAGUCGGUGCUCCAGCAGGGCAGGGAGCAGCAGUGCAGCAGCGGCUCGGCACCGGCACCGCUGCAUCCCGAGCUGCGGGCUGGGAAGGGGCAGGGAUAGGGGCACGGAUAGGGGCAGGGAUUGCAGCGGCCGGAGGACGGCAGCAGCCGGAAGGGCCGUCCCGAUCCGCUCCGCACCGCCCCAUCCCCGCCCCAUCCCGGCCAUGGCGGCGGCGUUCCGGGCUCUUCGCGUUCUCCUGGGGCUCUUCUUCCUUCUCGCGGGCUCCGUGAAGCUCUCGGAGCGGCUCUCUGCCGACUCGCACCGCCAUAUGCAGGAGCAGUUCGUGCGAUUCGCGGAGGUGUUCCCCCUCAGGGACUUCGGCUUCUCCCCCUCUCCCGGCCCCUACCUGACGGCCGUCGGUGCGGUGGAGGCGGCGGCCGGGCUGCUCCUCGCCUUCGGGCCGCAGCUGCUGCAGGAGAUCAGCAACUUCGUGCUCAGCGUCGUCAUGAUCGGUGCCAUCUACACGCUGCUGGCGCUGCGGGAGCCGCUGGCCAUGUGUGCCCCCGCCACGCUGUGCCUCGGGCUGCUGCUGCUGCUCAACGUCCGCGGGCACGCAGCGCCCGCCAAGGCCAAGGCGGAGUGAGCCGGGACGGAGAGAGGACGGCGGUGCUGACGGGAGGCCGCGGCCGUUCGGUGCCGUCGGGGUGGUUUUAGCGGUGGCUCUGCUUGCUGUGAAGCGAUGUGACCACGCUGCUGUGUGCUGUCCCGGCUGCGGGAUGGAUGGUGACCCUGGCACUGCCAUCACUGCGGUGCUGGGCUGCUGGGUGGGCGGGUUGUGAUUUUUUGGAAUAAAGCCUCUGGGUUUUUUUUUU